AGUUCCGGGUGCAGGGCGGCCACUGGAGGAGAGCAGGUUGCCGCUCUCGCAAGCUUUGGAGGCAGAGCCGCCGCAAUGUUCCGGAUCGAGGGUCUCGCGCCGAAGUUGGACCCGGAGGAGAUGAAGCGAAAGAUGCGUGAGGAUGUGGUCUCCUCCAUUCGGAACUUCCUCAUCUACGUGGCCCUGCUGCGAGUCACUCCAUACAUCUUAAAGAAGCUGGAUAGCAUAUGAGGAUUAGUCACAUGGAUGCAUGGCAUGAAGAACUGGUGACAGUUUCUCCUCCUGUCUGCAGAUGAAUUGGCCCAGAAAGGUGUAAGACUGAUUAAACGGACAGAAAAACUACUUGUUGAGAACAAGUUGGGCUUUGAGAACUGACCUCCAUAGCUGCAAUAUAAAACUAUUUGGGAAGUACAAAAAGAUGUCUUGUUGUCAUGGUGCCCUUAGGCCCAAGAUAUCCACCUCUGUGAGUGUUGAUGGGAUGGUAAAUAGUGUCAGGCUCUCAGGGGCUUGUGUCUGAAAUGGUACUGUCUCGGCAGUCAUUUCUGUUUACAACUUCUGUUCAAAGUGUUAUUUGUGAAGAGUCUGUUUGGAAGUCAGCAUACACCCACAAUGACAUUUAAGCACAGUCUAUAUUUUUAAUAAACAUUCUGAUGAAGAAAGCA